GGUCGCAGCCGGCACUCAGCGGUCAGCGAAGGCAAGCUCUCUCUCAAAUGGUGGGUCUCCUCCUUCCAGUUUUUCCAAACGCCUUCGCCUUUUGGCCCCUUCAGAACAUUUAAAAGCAAAAUCCGGAGAGGGUGAUGAGCUGCCAAUAAACCAAAAAGGAAAAAAAAAGAAAAGGGAGGAGGAGGAGGAAGAAAAAUGUUCUCCCUUGCUGAAUCCGCGGUGCUAAAACCUCGCCUUGCCGUCUGCCACCAAACGCCGGCCACUGCCAUCUCCCGUCCAAGAGGCCUCUUCCUCGGUGGUGGGUUCAGAGUCUACUGCAAACUGCAGCAGUCGAUGGCGAGUGGGGACACCGAGUCAGAUGGGAAGACGAAGAAGAAGACGAUGGCUAAGGAGAAUAAGUUGUGGGGCGGGCGUUUCGAGGAAAGCGUUACCGACGCGGUGGAGAGGUUCAGCGAGUCGGUCUCGUUCGACAAGAGCCUCUACAAGCAGGACAUCGCAGGGAGCAAGGCUCACGCCACUAUGCUGGCCGAUCAGGGCUUGAUGACUGCAAGUGAUCGUGACAGCAUUAUCCAUGGUUUAGAGGAGAUAGAACGGCAGAUUGAAUCAGGCGAAUUUAUCUGGAGACCAGAUAGGGAAGAUGUGCACAUGAAUAUUGAAGCAGCUCUCACAGAUCUGAUGGGGGAACCUGCAAAAAAGCUACAUACAGCAAGAAGUCGGAAUGACCAAGUUAUAACUGAUCUCCGACUCUGGUGCCGAGACGCCAUAGAUAAUAUUCUCGAACUCAUCCAUGGUCUUCAGGUUGCACUAAUUAAAUUAGCGAUAAAAAAUGAAGGACUAAUAGUUCCUGGAUAUACACAUCUGCAGCGAGCUCAACCAGUCUUGCUUCAACAUCUUUUGUUGGCUUAUGUUGAGCAGCUAGAACGUGAUUCUGGUCGCCUUCUGAAUUGCAAAGAAAGAUUGAAUUUCUGCCCCUUGGGAGCUUGUGCAUUGGCUGGUACUGGCCUUCCAAUCAAUAGAUUUACUACUUCAGAUGCUUUAGGAUUUACUGCACCUCUCAGGAACAGUAUUGAUGCAGUUUCCGAUCGAGAUUUUGUAAUAGAGCUUUUAUCAGGUAAUGCAAUCAUAGCGGUCCAUCUUUCUCGACUUGGUGAAGAAUGGGUUUUGUGGGCAUCAGAGGAGUUUGGGUUCCUGACCCCAAGUGACUCGGUGUCUACUGGCAGCAGCAUAAUGCCUCAAAAGAAGAAUCCAGAUCCAAUGGAACUCGUCCGUGGAAAGUCAGCUCGAGUAAUAGGUGAUCUUACCACCUUGCUUGUCCUGUGCAAGGGCCUCCCACAAGCAUAUAAUCGUGAUUUGCAGGAAGACAAGGAGCCGCUAUUUGACAGUGUUAAGACGAUUAUUGGCAUGCUGGAGGUUACUACCGAGUUUGCUCAAAAUAUCACAUUCAACCGCCAGAGGAUAGCACAUGCAUUGCCUGCUGGCUAUCUGGAUGCCACAACAGUUGCUGAUUAUCUUGUGAAGAAGGGAGUGCCCUUCCGGACAUCUCACGACAUAGUUGGAAGAACGGUUGGAUACGCAGUCUUUAAAGGAUGUGAACUCUCUCAGUUGACCCUCCAAGAACUAAAAAGCAUAAAUCCUGUGUUCGAGGAGGAUGUUUAUGAGUUCCUAGGUGUAGAAAAUUGUAUCAAGAAAUUCACAUCAUAUGGUUCGACUGGCAUGGUCUGUGUGGCUGAACAGAUGAGCUAUUGGUGUGAGAAGCUCGACAUAAGCAAAGGUGGUCAGUAAGGCUGCAUGUAAGCAAAGGUGAAUGUGUUUUCGCUAGAACGUGCUAACUUCUGUCUGCCCAUUGGCAUUUCAGCCGAAAUUCUGCCUACACCAGAGCCUCUGAGAUGUUAUCGCGUCGCCUAUUUAGUAAAUUUCUACAGCAAUAUGCACAACUGUCUUGAAGAGAUACUCAUGUCAGAAAAAAUAAAGGCUUCUAGAGCUGUAUCUGAUUAUUUAUCUUGGAUUAUGGUGUAAUUGAUAAUGAUCGGCAGGAUUCGUGAUCUGAUUUUCACAAUUGGCAUUCUUAUAUAA